CCAUUUUGUUGGCCUCCCAUUUUAGCUGUGAGGCCGCGGAGAACUUGCCGUCUCUCGCCUCUCGGGCCGGCCAGACUGUGGAGACUUUUGCGGUUCACUGUGAGCCCAACGGCCUUCCCGAAAGUCCUAGUGGCUAGUGAUUCCCGCUCACAGCCCCUAGAGCAAGCCCGGUAACAAUGGCGUCCCCGAAGAGCCACUCAGACGCCGCCUCCGCCGCCGCGAAGUCUGAGGAAAAAAGCCGGCCCACUCGCUCGGACGAGACAUCUGGCGCCUCGGCCGCCACAGACGCAGUUUUUGGUCCCGAGCCCAAGGGUCCAGAAAUGAGUCCCUCGUCAGGCAGCGAGGUUGCUGGCACGGGGGCUAGCAGUGUUUCCCGCCCUCACGGCACUAACCUCGACGAGUCCGGUGACCGUUAUCGGGGUGGUGACGACGGGGACGAAGACGGGCACGACGUUCCCGUCGACGACGCUCACGAGGUUGGCGAGAAGACCAGCAGCCCUGCUUUGGAGGUCUCGGACAAUUCCAUCGGCAGUGUGGAAAGCGUGUUCGCUCAGCAAGACAUGGGGGAAGGUGAGGUCGUGGACGUGGACGUGGACGUGGACGAGCAGGGUGUGGGAAGCCUGCACCGCCACCGCGACGAGGCCGCUGAGGAUGUGGAGGAGCAGGAAGUGGAAAGCCACUUCCGCCACCAGGAGUUGCAGGCCGGUGAGGCUGUGGCGGAGCGGGAUGAAGGGGCUGAAGGGCACGAACUGGCCAGUGCGGACAGCAGUGAGCAAUGUGAUAACGAAGAAGACAGAGUGCUAGAUGACUGGUUGGCCUUAGAGACGACUCCUCUCCCGAGACCUCGAUGGAAAGUCCUUAAUGCGCUUCGCGAUAGGCAGCUGGGUUCAAGUGCCCGCUUUGUUUAUGAGGCCUGUGGGGCAAGGCUAUUUGUGCAGCGUUUCUUGCUACAACGUGUUUUUGAAGGCCACGAUGGAUGUGUUAACACUGUGCAUUUUAACGAGCGUGGCACCCUGCUGGCUAGCGGCAGUGAUGACCUAAAAGUGAUCGUGUGGGACUGGCUUCAUCAGAAACCAGUACUGAACUUUCGUAGUGGCCACAAAAAUAAUAUCUUGCAUGCUAAAUUCCUUCCUAAUUGUAAUGAUGCCGUCCUAGCUAUGUGUGGCCGUGAUGGGCAGGUACGCAUUGCACAGCUGUUUGCUGCGCCAGGCACUCAGAUGACCAAACGCUUAGUGAAGCAUAAGGGAGGAUCUCAUAGAUUGGCUUUGGAGCCAGACUCCCCGUUUAGGUUCUUAACUUCAGGUGAAGACGGAGUUGUUUUCAAUAUUGACCUCAGACAGCCCCAACCAGCUUCAAAGUUGUUGGUAACCAAAGAUGCUGAUAAGAAAGUGGGAUUAUAUUCAAUCUUUGUGAAUCCUUCCAAUUUCUACCAGUUUACCGUAGGUGGGCAAGAUCAGUUUGUGAGAAUUUAUGACCAAAGGAAAAUUGAUGAGAAUGUCAACAAUGGAGUACUCAAAAAAUUCUGCCCUCAUCACCUUGUAGGCUAUGAUUAUCCAGCAUACAUCACCUCUGUGAUGUACAGUUUUGAUGGCACAGAAAUCCUGGCCAGCUACAAUGAUGAAGAUAUUUACAUUUUCAACUCUUCUGAUAGUGAAGGAGCUGAGUAUGCUAAGAGAUAUAAAGGGCACAGAAAUAAUGCCACAGUGAAAGGUGUAAAUUUCUAUGGUCCCAGAAGUGAAUUUGUGAUGAGUGGUAGCGAUUGUGGGCACAUCUUCUUUUGGGAAAAAUCAUCCUGCCAGAUUGUUCAAUUCUUAGAGGCAGAUGAAGGAGGAACCAUAAACUGUAUUGAUCCCCAUCCUUACCUACCUGUGCUUGCAUCCAGUGGCCUAGACCAUGAGGUCAAGAUCUGGGCACCCACAGCUGAAUCUUCCACGAAUCUUACUGGGUUAAAGAAUGUGAUUAAAAUUAAUAAGAUGAAACGAGAUAAUUUUAGCUUGCACCACACUUCCCUGUUUGACAACCACAUGCUUUGGUUCCUCAUGAGUCACCUGACACACACAAAUUACCAACGCAAUUGGAGAGGUAUUAGAUUUGAAAUUGGAGGAGCAGAUAUCAGUGACUCUUCUAGUACCUCUGAGGAAGAGCAAAACUGAGAGGAAUCAUAGUGCUAGACUUCCUUAGCUAUGUCCUGGGGGCACCACCUGACAGUGAAUACCACUUCAGUAUAUGGGAAUUUAAAGAAUUAGCUUGAGUAGUAGGUUUUUGUUUGCCUUUUGUUUGCAGUGUUUUAUAAUAAGAGUAUUUUCUUUUUUCCCCUUUCCUAUUACCUGGUUUUGUUACUCCUUGAUAGCCCUUAUAUGAUUAUACAAGUAUAAUAGGCUUCCUUUGUUCUCUCACGACUAAGGAAUUGCCUGAAAAUUUGGUGAAAAAUUAGUAGUUUUGUAAGAAAUUAUUUCUGUUCCAAAAAAUUGUUGGACUUUUAAAAAUUAUUCCAUAAUUCUGAAUAUUAAAGUUUUUGUUGUAAAUUUAUAAGAAAUGUUUUUGCUCUAAAGUAAAGUAAAAUUAAAUAAA